GGGUAAGGUGGACUGGAGUUUGGAGCAUGUUGAUUUUUUGAAAAAGCCACGAAGGUGCAGUCUGCAAAGAAAAUACGCAUGUUUAUAGCUCCUCCCCAUUUGCCUUCGAUCGCAACCGAACCUGACAGCUCGGCUUCACCCGAACUUACAUACUGUUGUGUUUUCCUCCCAGCCCGAGCGGAUUGGAUAAACUCCAGAGGCGGGUCCGCCUCUGUUCUACUUGCUGGUUGGCGAAGCUGACCUCCAAGGGCGGUGCCCGGCAUUAGCCAGUUUGCCCCUGGGAUUGGCUACAAAGGUAGUUCCGCCGAGGCGUGGUAGGAAGUGGUAGCCGUCAAUCACGACAGAGAGACUCCAAACACUGAGCCUGGAGCUGGAGAGCAGCGUUUACCGGCGGGAGGCCGGUUUUGUGAAUGAAACUAUGGCUACAGAUUCCCCUAGAAGACCCAGUCGUUGUACUGGGGGAGUUGUGGUUCGCCCCCAGGCUGUCACAGAGCAGUCCUACAUGGAAAGUGUUGUGACUUUUCUACAGGAUGUUGUGCCACAGGCUUAUAGUGGGACACCUCUAACAGAAGAAAAGGAGAAGAUAGUCUGGGUCAGAUUUGAAAAUGCAGAUUUAAACGACACGUCAAGAAAUCUGGAAUUUCAUGAAAUACAUAGCACAGGGAAUGAGCCGCCUUUGCUGAUUAUGAUUGGCUACAGUGAUGGAAUGCAGGUCUGGAGCAUCCCUAUCAGUGGGGAAGCACAGGAACUCUUCUCUGUUCGACACGGCCCAAUUCGAGCUGCUAGAAUCUUGCCUGCUCCACAGUUUGGUACUCAAAAGUGUGACAACUUUGCUGAAAAAAGACCCCUCCUUGGUGUUUGUAAGAGCAUUGGAUCUUCUGGCACAAGCCCUCCUUACUGCUGUGUGGAUCUGUAUUCACUUCGCACUGGGGAGAUGGUCAAAUCCAUUCAGUUUAAAACACCAAUCUAUGACCUCCACUGCAACAAGAGGAUCCUCGUCGUAGUCUUGCAGGAGAAAAUUGCUGCCUUUGAUAGCUGUACUUUCACAAAAAAAUUCUUUGUCACAAGCUGCUAUCCUUGUCCAGGGCCAAACAUGAAUCCUAUUGCUCUUGGGAGCCGCUGGCUUGCUUAUGCAGAAAACAAGUUGAUUCGAUGCCAUCAGUCCCGUGGUGGAGCCUGUGGAGACAACAUUCAGUCUUAUACUGCCACAGUCAUUAGUGCUGCUAAAACAUUGAAAACUGGUCUGACAAUGGUUGGGAAAGUGGUAACCCAGCUGACAGGCACCCUGCCUUCAGGUGUGACAGAAGAUGAUGUUGCCAUCCAUAGUAAUUCACGACGGAGUCCUUUGGUCCCAGGCAUAAUCACAGUUAUUGACACUGAAACAGUUGGAGAGGGCCAGGUGCUUCUGAGUGAGGAUUCUGACAGUGAUGGUAUUGUAGCCCACUUCCCUGCUCAUGAGAAGCCAGUGUGCUGUAUGGCUUUUAAUACAAGUGGAAUGCUUCUAGUCACAACAGACACCCUUGGCCACGACUUUCAUGUCUUCCAAAUUCUGACUCAUCCUUGGUCCUCAUCACAAAGUGCUGUCCAUCACCUAUAUACUCUUCACAGGGGAGAAACUGAAGCCAAAGUACAAGACAUCUGCUUCAGUCAUGACUGUCGCUGGGUUGUGGUCAGUACGCUCCGGGGGACUUCCCAUGUUUUCCCCAUCAACCCUUAUGGUGGCCAGCCUUGUGUUCGUACACAUAUGUCACCGCGAGUAGUGAAUCGCAUGAGCCGUUUCCAGAAAAGUGCUGGGCUGGAAGAAAUUGAACAAGAACUGACGUCUAAGCAAGGGGGCCGCUGCAGUCCUGUUCCAGGCCUGUCAAGCAGCCCGUCUGGCUCACCUUUGCAUGGGAAACUGAACAGCCAAGACUCCUACAACAAUUUUACCAACAACAACCCUGGCAACCCUCGCCUGUCUCCUCUCCCCAGCUUGAUGGUAGUGAUGCCUCUUGCACAAAUCAAGCAGCCAAUGACAUUGGGGACCAUCACCAAACGAACAGGGCCUUAUCUGUUUGGAGCAGGCUGUUUUUCCAUAAAAGCUCCAUGCAAAGUUAAACCACCUCCUCAAAUUUCACCCAGCAAAUCGAUGGGCGGAGAAUUUUGUGUGGCUGCUGUCUUUGGAACAUCCAGAUCAUGGUUUGCAAAUAAUGCAGGUCUGAAAAGAGAAAAAGAUCAGUCAAAACAAGUUGUAGUUGAAUCUCUCUACAUUAUCAGCUGCUAUGGGACCUUAGUGGAGCACAUGAUGGAGCCACGACCCCUUAGCACUGCCCCCAAGAUUAGCGAUGAUACCCCACUGGAGAUGAUGACAUCACCUCGAGCCAGCUGGACUCUGGUCAGAACCCCCCAAUGGAAUGAAUUGCAACCACCAUUUAAUGCAAACCACCCUCUGCUCCUCGCUGCAGAUGCAGUACAGUAUUAUCAGUUCCUGCUUGCUGGCCUGGUUCCUCCUGGAAGUCCUGGUCCCAUUACUCGGCAUGGAUCUUACGAUAGUUUAGCUUCUGACCAUAGUGGACAGGAAGAUGAAGAAUGGCUUUCUCAGGUUGAAAUUGUAACACAUACUGGACCGCACAGACGUCUUUGGAUGGGUCCGCAGUUCCAGUUCAAAACCAUCCAUCCCUCAGGCCAAACCACAGUCAUAUCAUCCAGUUCAUCCGUGUUGCAGUCACAUGGUCCGAGUGAUACUCCACAGCCCCUUUUGGAUUUUGAUACAGAUGAUCUUGAUCUCAAUAGUCUCAGGAUCCAACCAGUCCGCUCUGACCCAGUCAGCAUGCCAGGGUCGUCCCGUCCAGUCUCUGAUCGAAGGGGAGUUUCCACAGUGAUUGAUGCUGCCUCAGGUGCAACUUAUUCUGGAGGUGAUAACACUUGGAAUAGUAAAGACCAAAGGAGAAAUUAUAAUCUGAGAAGCUGGACUAUUUGAAGAAGAAUGCAGCAUCAAGAUUGGAGGAAGACACAUUAACAACCUGCAAUGUGCAGAUGAUACAACCUUGAUGGCUGAAAGUGAAGAAGACUUGAAGCACUUAACUGAUAAAGAUCAAAGACUACAACUUUCAGUAUGGUUUACACCUCAACAUAAAGAAAACAAAAAUCCCCACAACUGGACCAAUAAACAACAUCAUGCUAAACGGGGAAAAGGUUAAAGUUGUCAAGGAUUUUGUUUUACUUGGAUCUGCAAUCAAUGCCAAUGGAAGCAGCAGUCAAGAAAUCAAACCAUGUAUUGCACUGGGCAAAUCUGCUGCAAAAGACCUCUUUUAAAGUGUUAAAAAGCAGAGAUGUCAUCUUGAGGACUAAGGUGUGCCUGACCUAAGCCAUAUUUCAAUCUCCUCAUUUGCAUGAAAAAGCUGGACAAUGAAUAAGGAAGACCAAAGAAGAAUUAAUACCUUUGAAUUAUGGUAUUGGUGAGAAUAUUGAAUAGACCAUGGACUGCCAGAAGAAUGAACAAAUCUGUCUUGGAAGAAGUACAGCUAGAAUGCUCCUUAGAGGCACGUAUGGUGAGACUUUGUCUCAUGGACUUUGAACAUGUUAACAGAAAGAGCCAGUCCCUGGGGAAGGACAUCAUGCUUGGUAAAGUAGAGGGUAAGCAAAAAAGAGGAAGACCGUCAAUAAAAUGGGCUGACACAGUGGCUACAACAACGGGCUCAAAUAAUAGCAACGAUUGUGGGAAUGGGGGAGGACCUGGCAGUGUUUUGUUCUGUUGUAUAUAGGGUCGCUAUAAGUCGGAGCUGACUCAACGGCUCCUGACAACAAAAAGAUAACAAAAAGCAUCUUAUGCAAGGAUCCCUGGUGGUGCAACAGUUAAGUGCUCAACUACUAACCAAAAGGUUGGCAGUUGAAUACCACCUAGCAGUUCUAAAGGAAAAAGAUCUGGCCGUCUACUUCUGUAAAAACUACAGUCAAGAAAACCCUAUGGGGCAGUUCUACUCUGUCAGAUGGGGUUGCCAUGAGUCGAAAGUCAACCUGAUGGCAUCUCACAACAACAAAAGCGUCUUGCGGAUGUUUGGGAACUGUAACCAUGGCACUAAUAAUGAUAAUAACCGCAGCCUGCGUUUAUCGAAUACCUGCUGUGAUCGGCACUCCUGCAGGAAUUUAUGUUUUAUUUCUUAUCCUCACAACAACCCUCUCAGGCAGGAUAUAAUUUUUAUUACACAGAUUAAAAAAAAGAAAAACUGAGCCUAAGAGAAGGUAAGUGAUAGGGACAAGCUUUAAAACCCAGGUUCCUCUAAGUCCAAAAUCCAUAGUCUUUCUGUUAUAUCACAGUGUUAAGAAUGAACAAGUUGUAGCCGAUGCUCUUAGGGUCAGCACAUAGACCCUAAGAACUUCAAAACAGACCUUGUCUUAAUCUUAUUCAGUAGACUAUUUAUUUACUUAGGUCGGUAAUGUGACUAAAGGGCCCAUUUCUUUUCAGUUGAUCUCGAGCACACUGAAGUAUAUCUUAACCCAAAUCUUCCCUUAAAAAAGAAACAUUCUUAAAAGGUACCUAAGGUUGUUAUUCUCGAAAUGAUUUUGAAGAAAUCAAGGGAAAAAAAUAGGUUAGACAUUGGAUUCGAUUUGAGUGCACUACUCUUAGUUGGGAAUUUUGCUUUUCUUGGGCAUGGGAGGAUUCUUGCCAUGCGACAUCUUCUGCACCCUCACCCUCAAUUCUCACUCCCUGUCCCACACCCUCGAAAGAAUCCAACCCUUAAAUACCAUUCACUUAGGCUUUCUUUUGGGGACCCUCAGUAGAGUAGAUAUACUGAUAGAUAGAUUUAACAUUAGAGGUUUGACUAUUUGAAAGUGAUUCCAACACAUCCCAUGAGAAAUUUGCUAUUACUACUUAUUUGUGAGGUUUGUGUGUGGGAGCAAGUGACAAAGCCUACAUCUCCCUUUGGUUCUGUUGGUCUCUACUUACUUACUCAGUAAGUCUCAUGCUGUGAUUUAAAACACACAUACAGUAAGAACAAUAGCAAACUGUUUAUUCUAAUGAUGAAAGAGAAAGUAAAUAAGACUAAUAAAGUAAUAGUUCUGAGGUAAAACCUGAUCAGAAGUUGUACUUAACUUUUUUUUCACUACUAACCUUUAACCACCAGUUGCUGUUGAGUUGACUUUGACUAAUGGCAACCCCGUGUGUGUCAGACUAGAACUGUGCUCCAGGGGGUUUUGUCUUAGUCACCUAGUGCUGCUAUAACAGAAAUACCACAAGUGGAUGGCUUUAACAAAGAGAACUUUAUUCUCUCACAGUCCCGUAGGCUAGAAGUCCGAAUUCAGGGCACCAGCUCCAGGGGAAGGCUUUCUUUCUCUGUUGUCUCUGGAGGAAGGUCCUUGUCAUCAGUCUUCCCUUGGUCUGGGAGCAUCUCAGCGCAGGAAUCUCAGGUCCAAAGGAUGCAUUCUGCUCCCGGCACUGCUUUCUUGGCCAUAUGAGGUCCCCGUUGUCUCUGUGCUCACUUCUCUCUUUUAUAUCUCUCUUUUUAUAUUGGCUUAAGACACUAUCUAGUCUUGUAGAUCUCAUCAAUAUAAUUGUGAUUAAUCCAUCUUAUCACAUCCUAGUGAUAGGAUUUACAGCACAUAGGGAAAUCACAUCAGAUGACAAAAUGGUAGACAAUUAUACAAUACUAGGAAUCAUGACCUAGCCAAGGUGACAGAUAUUUUGGGGGGACAUAAUUCAGCCCAUGACAGUUUUCAAUGGCUUUUUUUUUUUUCCACAAGUUGAUCACCAGGCCUCUCUUCUGAGGCACAUCUGAGUGGACUUGUACAGCCAACCCUUCAGUUAGCAGCCAAGCACGUUAACCAUUAGCACCACCUAGGGACUCCUAAAAAAAAAAAAAAAAAACAGAUAUAGUAGAUGUUAAAAAAAAGUUUGUUGAGUAAAUCCUUAAUUUCUCUAAGAAUGUCACCUAGUGCUUCAUGGUAAUGGUAUAAGUUGUCAUUGUUUUUAUUAAUGGGGGAUGGUUUCCCAGUGAUAAGUAUAACCAGAACCAGAAAUGACUCUUGUUAUCCAAGAGAAAGAAGCCAAGGACAUGAGAAAGACAGUGUAAAUAUCAGGAUCUGACCCAAAAGAGACCUUUAGAUAUGUCCUGGUUAGCCCUUUGACAAAUCACUGUGCCGUAAAGCAGAUAAAGACAUUUAUAGUGGUGUUUUCGUAACUUUCAGGUCUAUUUAAGCCCCAGUCCAUAUCUGGUUAAUGUUGCCAGGGCAAGACUCCAACCUUCCUCUCUUCAUAUUAGACACUUUAGACAUGACAAGAGCUUCCUCAUCAAUUAGACUGUGAUGCCUAGAACCUUCCUCCAGUUAAAAGGACAUCACUGAAUACAAAUUAUUGCAAAGAGCUGUGGCAAAGUCAAUAGUUACAAUCACCUGAACUGCAAAGAGCAUGGAAUUCAGGGAGCUAAAGGGAAAAUUUAUGUUUGAAGCCUCUCUUUUCCCAGUCAGCCUGCGUUUUGCUUAGAUAGGCUUAUCCCAAUUUUCCUGAUCUAAUGUUGAGUUGAAGGACUAAUGUUAAUCAUAAUUCUCUAAAAAUUAUUCUUCCCUUCUUGCCUUCACAAAUUAACCCCAGUUUCUUCCAAACAGAUUCGUGAUAACUUCAUUUAUAACCUCAUAUCUUCCUUGAAUUAUUUAUAUUAUAACUCUAUUACACUGCUGGGUGAAUAAGAAAAUAUUUUCCAUGGAAGACCACCAGGAAUGGAGUGCCAGACCCAAAUUCAGAAAUCCGUGAAAACUACUGUUGAUUCAUUUAGUUAUAUUGAGUAGGACUUUCCACAAGUGCAUCUCAAGAAAAUAUAGAGACAAUUUAAGAAGACUUAGAAGUGACUGAUGUUUGGUUAAAUCGAGAAUACCCGUAUGUACUAUUACCUGAUCUUCAGGGCCUUCAUUCAUUUGCUAAAUUUGAGUUAGAGAACUAUUUGCAGUUUGUUAUUCAACAAGUUAACUGUAGCCUGUGACUAGACUCAUGCCGUUCCUCUGCAAAGGAGUGAAUAAAGUAUUUCUUUAGUUGUUUUCUUGUACCUUUCCAUUCUCCUUUUCUGUCCCCCUUUUGCCUCCUCUUAGUCCUUUGUCCAAUUUCCUCUGGGCCCUGAAAAUUGCCUGUUAAUUCCCAACUAUCUUAGAAGUAGUAGUAGUAGUUGAGGUAGUAGUGGUGGUGGUGGUAGUGAUAGCUGUUGUUGUUAGCUGCCAGUAAGUAGUAGUAGUCCAAAAAAGUCAUUGCCAUCGACUCGAUUCCAAUUCAUAGCAACCCUGUAGUACCUGCUGCCAUUUAUUGAGGACUUGCAGUUGGCUGAACACUUUACAGAUGUAAUCUUUUUAAUUCCUCGCAAAUGCUGUACAAUACAGUUUGUUUUCCCAUCUUUAAAGAAGAGGAAACUAAUGCUCAGAAAGGUUAAAUAGUUGGCUCAAGACUCACAGCUAGGAAAUACCUAAGCCUGAGUUCAAACCCAGGUUUGCUGGGCUCCCAAAACGAUGCUUUUUGCGCUAUGCCUGUCUUCCUUGAUACUGUGGUGUUUACUGUAUUGUUUAACCUCUCUUUCCAGAAGCAUUUGUGUUUUGAUAAGUAAAUCUAAACCCGAAAAGCUGUGCUGCUGGAGAUUAGCUAAAUUUUUCUGGUAAACAUAGCCCCAGAGUGUAGGAAAUAGAGUUCAUCUCACCUAAGUUCUUUUAUAUAGUCCCAUUCCCAGCCUAAAACAUACAUCUUGUAGGAAGUGAUAACUAAAGACUUGUUGGAAAAUAACUUCUAUUUUAUAUAGCUGAGGGAUGAGGCAGUUUUGAUAUAGUGACUGGAAGUUAUUUAAAAAAAAAAAAAAGUAUGUGUCACAAAAGAAUAGCAGUAGGUAAAAUUCAGAAGAUUAUUUUACUUCAGUGGUAAAAUUGCCUAAUGCUCAGACUUCAUUUAGUCUCUGUUUUACAAAACGGAACAUACAGGUAGGGAGAAUUGUUUUUAAGAUGUAACUGUAAUUACAUAGUAGCUUGUGAUUUCACUGUUCAUCUUUCUAAAUGCAGCAUAAUAGGCAAUGUAAUUUUAGACAGUAUUUAAGUAAAUAUUGAUGACUACAAAAUUAACUUAUUUUAAAAAGUGAAAUUGUUCCCAAAUGACCUGGCAUCUCUGGUAGAAAAUUUUAUAUGUAGAAAUCAAAGUUGUAGAAGUACUUCUCUGCUGGAUAUUCAGCGGGUUUAGAUGGCAGGUUUUAACAUAACUAUGAGAUAUUUGGCUAUCAUAAAAGCAAUUCCUGAAAGAACUCCUAAAUUUAGUACUUCUUUUUCAUGGUUGUGAAGGUCUCAUUGGAAAAAAAAAAAAACAGGAGAUCGUUAGGUGCCUUAUUACUGCCUAACGCAGAGUCAUGAGGGCUAUGGGACUGAUGGGGCAGCUCUGAAUUUAGGGUCUAGGGGCCAGUUCUUUGUGGGCUCAGCAUAAUGGGAAAGCUGGAAGGCCUCCACCUCUGACGUGUGAAAAAACCAGAGUCCUGAUGGUUCAGGUGACCCACCCAAGUACCAUACUAAUUGAGAGACAGCACUGAGAUUUACAACAUUGGUCUCCCAACACCCAGAUUUGGCCUCCCUCUCACCCUGGCCAGGGAUUACUUUUUGUCCUAGGAAAGUACCACACCUGACACAAUCCCAGAAUUGAUCUGCCUAAGGUGGCGUUCUGGAGAUGGUUGAGUCAUGAUUAGAUUUAAAAUAGGUUGAAGGUGGUCUCCUGGGUUUCUUUGUAUACUUCCAAGAUUAUCCAGGGGUGUUGUAGGAGACCUCAUGGUCAGUAGACUGGGGAUAGCAUAUCCAGUAACAUUUUGGACACGGCCCACGAGUAUCACCUCUUUGGAACCUGUGUAUCUGAAUUAUGCCAGUUUCUGCCGGUUAUCUCUCUUCCUUGUUAAAAGAAUUUCCUUUUCUUUUUUAAAUGUAAGCCAUGCUUUCAUUUUAAUACAGUAUCAACCAUUCAGCCUUGACAUGAUUUAAAAUGGCUAGUUUUGCUUUUGACUGUGUGUGUGUGAAAUAACCUAAUUGACAAGCAAUCAUAAAGUUCUCUUUAUGCCCUGGUGUUAUCCCAUCAUUCAGAGACCCAUUUUGGUUAAUUUGUUUUUUCAUAUAGUUUCUGCUGGGAAAAAUGCUUUGCUUUGAUGCUGAAAUUAACUUGAUUGAAAUGUCUUAGACUUUGUCAUUUUCCAGUGGCUGAAAGGUUAUUUCCCAAGUGUUUAAUUUUUUAAGUACAGUGUAUUUUAACUGCUACUGUCUAACAUUCAUCACUUCAUGAAAAAUUAUCACAACUGCAUACACUGAACAUAUUUUUAUUUAUACCCCAGUUCCCACUCAGUGUAAAGUUAUUUAACUUUGAAGAUAUCAUGCAAAUUUGAUAACGAUCAGGUUUUUUAAACUUGUACCACCUAUUGAUUUGCUAAAUAUAAUUUUCACAUUUUCUUUAGAGUAUUCGAUAAUGUAUCUUUCAGAAAGAAACACUUAAAGACUAAUGUAAUGUACAGGAACUGUUCAAUCAGAAAUAAUGAGUGGAGAGGUCACUUGUCAAGCACAUACUGUUUGAUAUACUUAUAUUUAAGGGUUUCCAGUCUUUGAGGUAAAAAGUUCUUCCAUAAAAAUGUGGAUUGCAUUCGGCUUCUGAAUUCUGUACAUGUCACGAUUUUUGCUCCUGUGCUAAAGAUAGAAAGUAAAAUAAAAUGUUCUUUGUCCAUUUAGUUAUCCUUGACUCCAUGAAAUUCUCCAAAGUAAUUACUGGUUACCACAAUACCACCUACUAGCAAGAGCAGCAUUGACCGUGUGCCAGCUGCCUUAUUGCUGACCACAGCUGCUCUCCUACUUGAGCAGAUGUUUCUCCUUUGCCUUGCCAGUGUAAUUGUAUUGAGCAGUUUUGCAAAUAUAGAGCAGCAUACUCUACCUGAUGAGUGACUGGAGACCUUAGCCAUGUUGUGCAAUAAAGGGUAGAUUUCUCCCAUCUACCGUGAGGUACCCUGCCUCCUGGGUUCCAUGCGUCUUUCCUCGCGGGCCUCAGGAUUUGUAAACUGUAGUACUCUUGCGUUUGCUUCCCUACCCAUCCAUGUAAUUUUCCCAAAGAAAAUAAUGUUGGAGGAACAACCACACUUGUGGCUGCAACUUGCUGCUUUAAAAGGCCAUCACAUUGAAACUUUGCAUUUACCAGUUGUGGGUUUGCAAAAAGGAGUUAGGGUACUUUGUUGGGAUGCUUUUCUGAAUUUUUCCACAUCUCAUUGGUUUGGAUAUUGACUUGGAAAGCUCUUUUGAAUAAGUUCUUUUGGAGAGCUUUCUGCUUUUAUGAGGACUUCUUGAAUCUCUUCCUCAUCAAAAUAGCCAAGGGAACGUCUUCUGAUCCUAUUUCUUUGUAUCCAUCUUGGAUGGUGCCCUUUUUGAUUCCUUCUGAAGACUGAAGCACUUACAGGCCUAUUUUUGCUACUGUGUUGGACUGGAUGAUUUUACUCAAUUUCUCUCUGUUUUCCUUGUCCUUGGGGAAAGGAGUAGAUUUGUGGCUGAUACUACUUUUUUUUUUAAAAAAAUGGAAAUUUAUGGGAACACACUUAGAAUGAUUACCAUCUAUUUCCCAGGACCUUUCAAAGAAAAUAGCUCAUAAACAUACUGGCAAUUGAGGUUCUAAGCCCCAGCCUGGCAUGAAUUCCCACAGAGGCUAAGACCUAGGGUGGUAGAAUGUAAGACUAGAGGGCAAAGGCCAUGUGGUGAGAACUUGACUGGUUUUUGCGUCCUUAGCAGGGAAGAAGUAGCAGUGACCUGAGUCCAUGAAUGGUCAUUUGAAGAGUAUGUCAUUGUGGGUGUUUAUCCAGUCGGCUUUGUGGCAGAUGACCAAUCCUGAUAGCCUGGUUCUAAUGCUCCUAACAUAUAUGAUACCACUAAUUCACUGAAUAUUCUAUUUAGUUCAUAUUGGUCUCCACGACUUUUUUUUUUUAAACAAUAUUAUUUGUAGUACCCUUGUAAUUUUACAAGUAUAAUAUAUAUAGAUUGAAAGAAUACAGAAUAGUGUAAAGAGAAAAGUAGAAAUCAUCCAUCAUCCUUUUACACAGAGGUGGCUGUGGUUAUCAAUAUUAAAAGUUUGCUGUAUUUCUUUCUAGAUCUUCUAUUUCUGUGUUUACUUAGUAAUUUCAACUAAAAGUAGAACAGGAAUUACUUUUUUACAGCCUGUAGAGUCCAGGGUACUGAUAUUAAACUGAUUGAAAGGGCAUAAACUCCUUUUGCAAUUACAAUAAUUAAUAAGUAGAUACAGGCAAAAUGUAGUUGGUAUAUAAGGUACAUAGGACAAGAUGAGUGACUACCUAAAAUCUACAGGUUAACAAGUUUGAAGCAGUAUAUUCACCUGGAGUAGUUUAAAGUAGUGUACUCUCAAAUACUUGUAACUUAAGACUUUCUUCUUCUUUGAUCUUAAAGAGAGGACCUUGUGUGUGUGCAUACACAUAUAUAUGUAUAUAUAUACA